AGGGGAGCAUGAGGCGGCUGAAGAGAGCAAGUGAGUGAGAAGCGUGUGGAAAACAACGAAUUAUUCUCCUUUUAGUUUAGGAUCAAGUACUUGACAGAUUCAUUGUUUGGAGACUUUCAGCACCUUAAAAAGAUGGACAGACGACAACCGUUUGGCAAUCAACUGACUGGUUUGAACCUUUUGCAAUUGCCUGUGGCUGGAAAUGACUUGGGGAAUCCCCGACAGUUCCUGGAGAAUCUGGGGCGAUUACGAAUGCCACAAGUGCAAGGAACACAAAACAUGAAUCGGGAGCUGUAUCGCCAAGACAGCCGAGGAGAGAGAAAUAGGCAAUUCCCUGAUAACUAUUAUGAUAGAGAGCAAAAGUUAAUGUUAUCUAGUGAUUGUGGACAGAGGUCAUUGAGGGAAGCUGCUGAAAGUCGUAACUUCGAUAGGGGAGAUUAUCAUCAUGAGGAUCGAGGCAGCAUUCAUGGACUUAUGGAUAAAGAAAUUUCUCUACGCUCUUUAUUUCCUGAGAUGGAGUCUUCAAGGCACAGUGAAAGGCGUGGAAGAGAGGAGUUUGACAGAGGAAAUUAUCUUGCUUCAAAAAAUAUCUCACAAUCAUUUGAAAAAAACAAAGGUCUGAAACUUAGUGUAAUUGAGAGCAAGUAUGGCAGGAGAGACAACACAGCUAUACCUUGGUAUGCACAGCUACGUCCAAACUGCUACCUGUUGCCUCCAUCAGAUGAUACAGAUGUACUGCCAUUGGGCGUCAGGCAACCUGGAUGCCGCUCAAUUUCCAUAGGUGGCCUACCCAUGCUGGCUGAUGAAUUCAUUGUUAGGGAGGUAUUCAAUGUUUGUGGACCCAUAGAGAAAAUCACGUUCAAAAGUGCUCGAAACAAUAUCAAAGCUAGGACUUGGCAAGUAAGAUUUUCCAAACACGAUUCUGUCGAGAAAGCAGUUAAAUUUAAUGGGCACAUCUUGGUCAUUGGGGAUGGAAGCGACAGAAAAAACAAAAUCAGUCGCUUCUAUGUUAAUUAUGACCAAGAAACAAAUGAUGACAACAAUUUGAAAAAUAACACAACAAUGAACACACAAAAGCCAGGCCAGAAGGAGGAAGACAGGAAUUUGAAUUUGAUGUAUUAUAAUCGUCAGAAUGCAUUCCAAAUUCUGGAUCUCCUUCGUCAUGACACCUCUAUAGUUCAGUCAUUGGAGACGAUGGCUCAUUGGUUUGAAAGGGGUGAAUGUAAUCGUUCUACAGUGAAUGUUUUCCACUCAAUGCUCAACACCACCCACAGUUUUGUCAAGCGGUUGAUCAUCAAACGGAAGGAACACGAGGAACAAGUAGAGAAACAAAAGAAACAGGCCAUGGAACAAGCAAAUGAAAUCAAACAGCAAUGUGAUGCUGUAUGGAAAGUAUUUGAGGCAGCAACUAAGAAGAAGGCUUGGGACAUUUUUACUAAGGCACAAAGAAAAACCAUUUCCCAGUGGCACACUGUAAUCAAAAAUGAAAUCAGAUCAGCCCAAGAGGCUGAGAUCCAGAAUCGUGAGGAGGUAGGUAUGGACUUGGAUGAUGAGGUGCCAAACCUCGGCGGGCUGAUUGAGCAGCCAGCACUGCAAAUGGCAGAAGAAAAACCACCUGAACAAGAGGAAAGUUUGCAACCUUCGAAGGCCAAGAAACCACGUUGUGAUGCUCAGGCUCCAGAAUCUGAUGCAGACCCCACUGAUGCUCUCAGGUUAGAGAAUGAGAAGUUGCGUACUCAAGUUGAAAGCUUCAAGGGAAUUGCUGAGCAAAACACCAACCUAAUGUGGUCCAUGCAAAGCUACCAGUACCAAGCUGAUGUGGCUAGACAACAGUAUGGUGAAAGGUUGAAAGAGAAAGAUCAAGAGAUCAUUCGCCUGCAGCAAGCUGUACAGUACAUAAAGCAGAACAUAAAAGAUACAAAGCUACUCUCUGAUCUAGAGACUUUAACAUCCGACCAACCGUCGGAACUACAAAUUGUGGUCGAGUUAAGCAAUGAUCAUCAAACGGCAACAGAUGAAGUAGCAAUAAAACAUGAAAAUGUUACGAAAAAUGAUGCAGAAGAGAUAAAGGAGGAAAUUAUGGAAGAUGAUGAUAGCAGGAAAGUUGAGCAAAAUGCAGAAAACCAUAAUGAAGUUGGUAAAGAAGAGAGUGGCGAGCAACUUGGUGAAAAAGAAGCAGACAGCGGAGACGUAAGCUGCAAAAGACAUAGUUCUCUACUGAGUCAAACUGAGCAUCAGGUGAAGGUUGAAGAUGGUGAUUUCCAGAGUGAAGGUGUUCCUAUUCAGAAUGAAAACUUUGAAUUAACAGAAAAGGCCGCUGAAGAGAGCAACGCACUUGGAACUGCAGUGAAAGAAGAUGAGAAGCCAACCGAAGUAAAAGGGGCACCUGAUGAAGAAGACGAGCCACCAGAAGACGGAGUGAGGUCAGAGGGCGGAGGAGACAAGCCCGUGGAAGGAGAGAAACUAGAAGAAGAGGAUGCAAUGGAAGAAGAGAACCAAGCAGAGGAGGACGAUGAAGAGGAAGGAUGUGGGAGAUUUGUACAAAUAGACGACGAACAGUUUGAAGUUAUUGACGACAUGGAUGAGGACAGCGAAGAUGAUUAUAAAGAAGUAGUCACUCACAGUCCUGCCAAUGAAAGUGUUGAGCAAAUGCACGAGCAGCUUGCAGGCAGAGAUGAUUAUAAAGAAGUGGCUGAUUACAAACCUUUGAAUGAAAAUGAUGAACAAGCGAGCGAGCAGUUUUCAGGCAGAGAUGAUUAUAAAGAAGUGGCUGAUCACAAACCUUUGAAUGAAAAUGAUGAACAAGCGAACGAACAACUUCCAGGCAAAGAUGAUUAUAAAGAAGUGGCUGAUCACAAACCUUUGAUAGAACAUGACAUGCAAGUGACCGAGCAGCUCCCUGCUGAUUGGUCAGUUUAUCAACAAGAUUACAAUGCUCAGUAUCAAAAUUGGCUGUCAGCUGGAAUGGCCAGUUAUGGGCCCGUGGAGCUUGGACCCACUCUGGUCCGCCUCUCUGGCGAGGAGCUUGUGCUGGUUGGCAUAAUUUGUUCCUACCUGCAGCUGUGCCCUUCUGGUGCCACAAGUGGAGAGAUACGAGACCAUUUGUCCCGGCAGUUCAAGGAACGCCGGAAAGACGUAGUGGAGAGACUGCUGUCCAGUUUGCCUGUUGUGUUCAGGACAGGCGAAUCAAGUGGCAACACCAAGUGGAAGUUUUGUGGAUUUGACAUGUUUCAGUCAAAGAGUGAGCGCUAAAUGUUUUUAUUACUACUGUGUUGUUGAUGAAAUUGUUGCUCCUAGUCGGUGGUGAAACUUAAGUCACUAUGCUAUCGCGUGUAAAAUGUUGUGUCAGCGUAUCAAGACACAUUUUCAGUAUUAGUUUAGACAUCGGUGCACAUUUUGUUUCACUCGUAAGGUUUACUGGUAAACGAAACAUUGUAUGUAAGGAAAUAUGCUGCAAUUUUUAACGCAUAUAUCGUAAACAAACUGUUUAGCAAGUUGCCAGUGUAAAAUUCCUUAUAAAUUCGUCCGCAUAUUUUAAACGAACUUUGACAUUUAGAACAGAAACGCACGCACUUCUCAGUGUCCCAAAAGGCUCUAGGGAUCCAGAGCCCAAGUUCAGCCUAGACUGAAAAAGUCGGGUUCCAGGGUUUUUUCAAAGAGAGAAAUAGCUUGCGAAGCGGGCGAUUUAUGUGGGAUUUUUCAGUAGGCUUUUGUGGCGCGAAAAGAGCGGCGAAGGGGAAGACGCGAGAAGAAUGUUGUCGAAACCGCCAGUUCCGCAGGCUAAAAGACAAACGCCUGGAGUUUGUUUUCCGAAGUAAGACAGUCAGUGCUUUAGACUGAUAGGCCUGGGACCCUGGCUUAUUACACGGGGCAAAAGAACGUACUAACUUUUGGAAAUGUGUGAUAUUUUCCUCCGAUGCAUACAUCAUAUUCAUCUUCCUCUUAAGAAAAAGAUCUUCAAGAUCGUAGCGAUUGGAACACUGUCCUCUUACUGUUUCGUAAGAGGAAAACUAAAUGUCGUAUUACGAAAGUUUCACUGAGUUCUUUACGUGUGAGUUAGCUUUGUAACGAACGUUGGAUGUCACGCCAAAAUUCAUUAGGUUAGCGCUGUUGAAAUAUGAGUAGAUUGUAUUAAACUGUACACUAUACCAUGAUAAACUUGCCGUCAAUAAACUUUAGAAAGGCUCUUUGCUGUCUUGUUUUCGAUGUCACUUGCACCUACGCAUGUUAGAAAGUCAAAAGGUCUAAAAGUGUGGUUAAUUUACUUUUGGAGAAUCUGUAGUACUUAGUAGUUCAAUUAUUUCAGCAUGUCGCCAGGAGCAUGCUGUUGACGUCUUGCAGUGAUUUGGUGUGAUGUUGGCUGAAUUUACCACGUUUAUUGAAAUGUCGCGAUACCACAACAGGGAUUUAAGUACCGUCGGUUAUUCUUAUUAAAGUGAAAAUAUAUGUGUUAUUUACCGGUAGGGAGGUCCGUAUGGUGAAAAACUGUGACCGAGGGCGUUUUCAAGCCCUCGGUCACAGUUUUUCACUACACGGACCAACCAUAGCCGGGAAAUAACUUAUUUAUUUUUCCUCUCUCUCAAAUCACUUUUAUAACUGUUGACCUUUUCCACAGAUACAUCGCGCGCGGGUUACCGCGACCAAGCGCAGAGAUGGGAAAAUCCGGACCGCGCUCAGAACAAUUAGAAUGCAGGAUUCGUUACUGUGCCCUCUAGGAAAAAUAAAUUGUAUAGAUUUACGAGAGAGAGCGAUGGAUUGUUCAAAUAUAAAGUGGAAUAAUUCUAUUGCUCAAAACAUGUCUGUUGGACUAGAGACUUGUUGGUAAAUUGCAAAAUGGCAGCCGUCGCACUGAAGUAAAAGGAAACCAAAUUCAUGUAUGAAUGGUGCAACAUCAAGCGCAAUCCACUAAAGCAUACAAACCCUCGGGUAACUCGAAGUUGACAUUCAACAGAGCCUGCAGGACCGAAAACCAGCUGCAAUAAGAAAGAAAACAUUUCUACCAGGUAUGGUAGAACAGAUGAACACAAAUCACGGAAGAAAACAAAUCACGAUAUUGUGACUACGCUCUUUAGGUUCAAACUUCAAGCUAGGGUAAUUGGCACGAAUUAAGAUCUUCCUUUAUCACAGUUAAAAUUUAUCCUUGUACUUGUUCGUGGUCAACCGCCAUAUCACCGAAAAAUGAUGAUAGAUGUGUUUCAAUCUGACGCUAGGGAGAAGCAAUAUUCUCAUGAUGGUUGGACUCACAUAGUCCACCCAAAGCUUAUCCGUUGAGAGGGGGAUUGAAAAAGGGGCACUUUUUAUUAUCCGGGGGGAGGGUGUACAAGCUUGUUACCGGAAAUAAAUUUUGUGUUUAAAAAUGUUCGAGUUCAUAUUUGGAAGAGAUUGUGCGUAUCAAAGCUUAGGAGCGGACAGAAGUUUGAAAGUUUCAUAAACUUCUUGUGCUCUCUAAACAUAUAUGCAUGUGAGGCAUAGUUCCAGGUGUGUGGAUUGUCAUCGGAAGGCUUUGGGGGCCUUAUUUUCUGGAAGGGUUAUCAUGUAUAGUGCAAGAUUGUACGAAUUUCUUUGUGCUUUUGCAUCGAUUUAUCCUCCAACUGAUCCGGCAUGAGUAGAUCUUGCCUCUACUAGUUCCUUAACAAGGUAAAAAGCCCAGCCAUGCAGGCUAUUAUUGCUCUCAGGGUGUACAAGACACCUGUUGAUGUAAAAUGAAUACGAUUUUCAGUGUAGAAAAGUAGGCGUCGAUUUUAUUAUUUAGUAAUCUAUAAGCGAGUUAUAAAAGCAAAUGUAAGGCACAUUUAGCGAAUACUAAAUUAAAGUGUUUUUUUUAAUAGUGCACGAACUCUGCUCGAUGAACGUGUUUCGCUGUACGGUGUUAAUCAUCUUAGUUGACGUCUCAGGAAACAGCAGUUGACUGGUUCAAAUGGACACGUCUGCAUGAGUUGUGAUUUGGUAAAUUUCGAGUCAUUUUGUUUAUUGUUUUUUUCCAGGUUCAUUGGUUUUCGUGUGUGAUUGACGGCAGCCAAAACGCAAUCGUUAGCUAAGUUUGGCAUGUGAUUAAAAGCGCAGCAAAUUUGGCUCCAGGCAAGAUGUAUCAAACAUAUUUGAGAUGUUGGUGACGUUAUGUGUGUAAGAAAUCCAGGAUACUACAAAUCCGUCUUGUAUUACCACGCAACUAGCUUAGUCCAGGUGCGCAUUCCGUUGGUUGGCGAGUGGCGCGAAAAACGGCCAGGGAAAAAUAGGGGAGGAGCUCAGUGAGGUGAAAAAGCGACAAAUGAAUCUUGUAAGCCGUUGAAGUCGUCUAGACCUAGCAUCCCCAUUUUGCUCUUCUGAGACAAUCGACGGUUAUGUUACGAGGCCUCUGCAGGUUGUCUAUCGGUGGAAAAUGUAAAAAAUGAUCACGGUUUUCUCUCUGUCGAUCUCGCCUCCCGUAUUUUCCCUCUCGCCGUUUUUCGGAGUGCUCCCUAUUUAACGAACUCCUUGACCAGGUUACAACCCAGCAGAAGCAGCAAUGUUAAUUGAAACUAUAUAUAUUACAAAUAAACUUACUCUGAAUUUAAGCAUUAUAUACAAACAUAGAUAUAUCAUUUAUGUGUUGAUCAAACCGAAACUUAAAGUUCACGAAGUAUUGGAAUUGAUGGUGCAUUAGACCAUUGGGCACUUUUCUCACACAAAUUCUUAUAAUAAAAAUUUCACAACUGGAGAAAUUCGGCAAUGAACGAUGUUUAACGAUUGAUUAUAAUAUAUACAAAGUAACUGGAAGUUAAAGUUUCGAAUUGACAAGUUUCUUACGUCUGUAUAAAUUAUAAAUCACUGAAAACUGCUAAUUUAAUAUUGAAGUCUUCCUUCAUUAAACGUACUACGUACAUAGAGGAGCAGGUCAUUCAGUAACUCUACAUCUAAUUUUUUUUCUAGAAAAAUCCUCUCUUUAUAGAUUUAUACAACUCUUGCGGUGUUUACGUUUGUAUUUUUUGCCAUCAGCUGUUUGUCAUACACAUACACAUCAUCCGAGCCUACUGACAAUCGAAUGCGGACUAUCCGAUUAGAGCCAUGUAGCCUGGCCUGCCAUAUUUCACCAAACGUGCUUCGUACAAGACACGUGAUAAGUUGGAAGUCUUGCUUCUUCCAGCGAGAGGUGUUCUGAUAUUGAUGAGUACCUAGAAAAAAAAUGAUUCC